CUUCCAGCAUUAUCUCAGAGACCUGUCAGAUUUUUUUUUGGAGUGAAAAUGGCGUCUUCCCAGCACCAGCAUCAAUGCAAGCAAACCCCCACUUUGCCGCCGGAGCUCUGCAAGAAAGCGCCAUGCCCACCAGAGCAGCAAUGCAAGGAGCCACCAGUGGUGGUCAUCCCGACUCCAUGUCCAGAACCCAAGCCACGUCCUCCACAGGAGCCUCCAUGCAAGGAGCCACCAGUGGUGGUCAUCCCGACUCCAUGUCCUGAGCCUAAGCCACGUCCUCCACAGGAGCCUCCAUGCAAGGAGCCUCCAGUCCCAACCCCUCCCCAGGAGAAACAGCCUUGUCAACAGAAGUCUCAAUGCAAGGAGCCACCAGUCAUCCCAACUCCAUGCCCAGAGCCCAAACCCCCACAAGAGGCUCCACGCAAGGAGCCACCAGCACCAUCUCCAUGUCCUCCUGAAGAACCAGAACCAUGUCCUCCACGCAAGGAGCCACCAGCACCAUCUCCAUGUCCUCCUAAAGAACCAGAACCGUGUCCCCCAAAGGAGCCAACUCCAGAUUGUCAACAGAAGACUCAAUGCAAGCAGCCUCCCAUUGUGGUCAUCCCAACUCCAUGUCCAGAACCCAAACCGUGUCCUCCACGCAAGGAACCACCAGCACCAUCUCCAUGUCCUCCUAAAGAACCAGAACCGUGUCCUCCACGCAAGGAACCACCAGCACCAUCUCCAUGUCCUCCUAAAGAACCAGAACCGUGUCCUCCAAAGGCGCCAAUUCCAGAUUGUCAACAGAAGACUCAAUGCAAGCAGCCUCCAUGUCCAGAACCCAAACCGUCUCCUCCACAGGAGCCUCCAUGCAAGGAGCCACCGGUUGUGGUCAUCCCGUGCCCGGAACCCAAACCGUGUCCUCCUCAGGAGCCUCCAUGCAAACAGCCGCCUCCCUGUGACCAGCAGCAGAAGAAGCAGCCGACUUCAUGGCCGCUCCAGAAUAAAUGAGCAGGUCAGGGGAAAAAACGAGUGAAGAAUCCAUUUCUCCAACUCUACAUCUCACCACGUCAAACAUACCUCAUCUUUGUAUCCCUUUGAAAUGCUUUAAGAAAUCCUUCUAACGUUGCACGAGGGGAAUCACAGCAAACGAUGUAAAUGUCCAUCAAGGUGAUUUUGUGUCCAUUUCCAGCCAGAGUGGACUUUUUCAAGAGAGGUGCAACAGAAUCUCCCAAUUCCUUUGGGCGUUUUCUCUUUAUGUUAACCACACUGUUACAUUUAUUCUAUCGUUUUCCUGAUGGCUCAUUUGUCUGUAAAGUUUGUAAUUACUUAACUAUUCUUUGUACCAUUUAUAGAUGCCCAAAGGAGGUGUGCUGUGGGACUCAGUGGUUUUUUUUCAACACCAGCAGUUCUUGAAGAACAUGGUAGGGUUGGGUGUCAAUGAAACAUAAAGCUAGCUUAGAUCCCUCCAAGGAGAGAGAAGCUCCACCUUGUUAUUUAAGCUCCUUCCUUUCACUGUCACCAGAAAUCUGUUCUGUGACUUCCUUAUUCAGCUAUUUGUCCUACCUUUAGAUAAAACAAAGUCCUAGGUCAACUAAAAUGCCAGAUCUGCUCUCUGUGGAGAAGAAAUUGUGGUUGGUGGCUCUCCAGGGGUUGAUAGACUAUCAUUGGAUCAGUGGCCAAUAAUCUUAUUGGCUAGGAUGGGUAGGAAUUGGACUACAAACCAUAUCCCAAAGAGCCAUAAAUUCUUCAUCUUGGUUUGGAAUGUCCAAUGAAGUCUUAGGUCCUGCAAUAUGUCUUUCAAAAAGACCUCAGUUGUCUUCUGGAAUGGCAAGACCUAUCAGAAGACACUGGGAAGUUCUUUAGUCUUCAGGGAGAAGCUCAGCCUAUCAGCUGCCAAUGAAAUAUUGGGCAAAGGAAUGAAUCUUUUCAGGGUUUCUCCAUCAGAGUUACACCCCAAAAUAAUUAACAUUCAGAAAGUCAUCGUUUUCAGUACAUUGCAGGAAGCUGGAGGACACCUGUAUCAUCAAGUGGGUUUCCUCUUCACGGGGGUCAACAUGUUGCUAUGAAGUAGCUGAGUCUGCACACUUCCGAAUUUAUAUUUAACCAACUUGUAGAUAAAUCGAAUGAAUAAAGGAAAAACAA